GAUCUUUGUGUGGUCAUGAAUUAUUCAUGAGCUGAUUUGUGUAUUGCAGCUAUGGGAGGAGGACGGGCUGUCAGACCUCUGUCUCAUUCCAUAUGGUUGCAUGGCUACCGGACCAAAGACUGGGUUCAUCGAGGUCGUCAACAACGCUAGGACGAUCGCCGAGGUUUCAGGAGUGAGUAACCAAUCAAAGCUACUGGAUUGGAUCAGAAGCCACCAGACAAAUGAAUUUGGAGAGCUCGACCCAGAAAAAUUGAAGAUGGCCGUGAAAAAAUUUACCCACUCUUGCGCAGGGUACUCGGUCGCAACUUACGUCUUGGGGAUAGGAGACAGGCACAAUGACAACAUCAUGGUCACCACUUCUGGCAACCUGUUCCACAUUGACUUUGGACACUUCCUCGGAAACAUCAAGUACUACAUGGGGUUCAAGAGAGAGUGGGCCCCAUUCGUACUGACUCCUGACUUUGUGUACGUCAUGGGUGGAGAAGAAGGAGGGAUGUUUGAGACGUACAAGAACCUCUGUUGCCGGGCAUUCCUCACUCUCCGCAGAAAUGCCGACCUCAUCAUCAACCUCUUCUCCCUCAUGAGAUCCACGGGGAUCCCUGAACUGACGUGCGUGGAGGACACCGACUACAUCAGGAACGCCCUCGUCCUGGACAAGACAGAACAAGAGGCCGAGCAGCUGUUCAGAAAGGUCAUCAGGAAAUGCCUCGACCUCAAGUGGACCGUCCAAAUGAUGUGGAAGAUCCACCUUCUCAGAAAGAAAGGCACACCGUAACCCUCGCCGAAAAAACAAAGUUUUUAUUUACAAAGUCCCACUUUUAUUUGCAAAAAGCGCCCCAUUCAUAAAUAUUAUUGAUCACUUCACAAGCACAAGGUUACAGUUAUCAUGUAAUAUUAUUUCACAAUAAUUGUCCGUCAAGGGGAGACUGGGGUAAGGAGGAGAAGACGAACGCCGCCAGAUGGGUUGACGGACAAGGUGACCUUUGAGUUAAACACACCGAUGUCCUUGAGCUCGAAGAGGUCGCGAACCCUGGC